AUGCUUACCGAGAACAGCCGGCGGAGCAUCGCCGUGGCCGUGGCCGUGCCCGUGGUCGAGGCUGCACGAAGCAUCCCCACACCCUCCUUUGUCGUCUCCAACAAGUCCUGGAUACACGAAAACGGCCGCGAUGCAGCCCGCGCGGGGGGCAAGUCAGCCGCCGCCCGGUUGGAGCCCGUCGGUCGGACUUGCCUCAGCAUGUGCGGAUCGCUACUGUUGGCCAAGGCGAGGGACACGCGUGCGCGUGCACCUGGCUCUCCGCGAGACGACGCCGGGCGGGCCUCGGAGUACGCCCCCCAGCGGCACAGCCGCCUGGUGGCGACGAUAACGCGCUUUGCCACGGUGAUGUGCAUCGCGAUCGCGGUGGCCAAGGUGUACGCCUACACCCGAACUGGCGCGGCGGUGAUGAAGACCUCAGCCCUAGAUUCGCUGGGCGACCUCGUCGCCAACGUCAUCGCGCUUUAUACGGGUUACAGGGUCGCGUCGCCAGACACAGAGCGGUAUCCGGUCGGGCUGGGGCGGCUAGAGCCAAUCGGGGUGCUCAUCUUCUCGACGCUAAUGGGCGCGAUGAGACGAGAGGAGAGGCUCGACUAG